UCGCCGCGGCAACGGGACGCGGAGUGUGGAGGAAGCGGUGGCGGGUCCGACCCGGCCAUGUCGCGUAUCCUCUGCGAAUGGCUGAACGAGGAGGUGAAGCUCUCCCGGCACGUCGUUCCAGGAUCAUUUCCAGAAGAAUUUUCUAACGGCUACCUCCUAGGAGAACUUCUACACAAAUAUGGUCUUCAGGAUGACUUUAAACAAUUUUCACAGAGCAGGGUUGCAGAUGCUAAAGUUAACAAUUUUUCUCGCCUGGAACCUACACUUCACCUCCUUGGUGUGCCGUUUAAUGAGAAUGUGGCCCAAGACAUCAUGACAGGACAACAUGGGGCUGCAACAAAGCUUUUAUAUGAAUUGUAUAUUGCUUUAGAAAAAAAGAGAAAGGCAAAGCACCCUGGAGUAGUCAUGGAAGCAAUAAGACCCGCCGCAACUACAAAUCUUAAGUCUAUUGAGAGUGUUUUGUAUCCAGAGCGUUUGAAAACUUCAGUGCCACGUCAGGCUGAUUUGCAGCUACAGCAGAUUUCGGAGCGUUUUGAAACAAAAUCCAAGGCAGUAGCAGAUAAAAUAGCUCGUACACAUUUUGCAGAGCAGCAGAGAGCUCAGAAGCUCCAAGAAGAGCAAAGAACUCAAGACAUUGAAAAGGAUCACAUUGGAAGAAGGAGACAAAGUGAAGUAGCGCACAGGAUUCAAACAUCUGGUUUAAAGGUUCCAAAGCCUCCACCAAGACCCAUCAUAAAAGCUAUUGAAACUAAAAAAUUGUUAAAGAAAAGAGAAGCAGAGAACGUGUACAAGGAAAUAGACAAGUUUGAGAAGUCUAUGACAGGAAAUACCUUUGAAUUACACAGCCAGGUGACCGACAGUGAUAUGCAAGAAUCAUUGCAAACACAGAAAUUGCAAGAAACAACUCAAGAAACUACUCAAGAAACUACAGCACAGACAAAAACUGAGCUGUUAAGUGUUUAUUCAGAUGGUGAAUAUAUAAGGAAAAUUCAAAAACGUUUAGAGGAAGAUACAUUUGCUAGAGAACAACGAGCAAAGAGACGACGAAAAAUGCUAAUGGACCAGUUACUAGCACAUGAAUCUGAAGAGAAGGCUUACCGGGAGGAGCAGCUUGUUUACAGACUAAUGAAACAAUCUCAGCACGAGCGGAGGAUUGCUGCUCAACUCAUGCAUGUUCGACAUGAAAAAGAGGUGUUAAGGCAAAACAGAAUUUUUAGGGAAAAACAAUAUGAAGAAAGACGGCAAAAAGAGUUCCAGGAAGCUCUUGACAGAGAAGCGGCUCUUGCAAAACAAGAAAACAUUGAUAAUGAAGAACAAAUAACGAAAGAGAGAGAACAACAUGAGAAAAUUGCUGCUGAAAGAGCUCAGGCCCGUUAUAAAAAACAUUAUUCUAUGUGUUGGGAAGUGAUGGGCCAAAUCGUUGAUAUGUCGACAAAAGUAGGAGAAUAUCGCCACAUGACAAAGAACCGAGUUCCAUUAAAACUGAUGCUGGAUUGGAAGGAAUUUUUUUUAAAUGGAAAACCAAUAUAUGAACAAGCCUCAAUUCAACCUUUACCAAAUGAACCUGGCCCAGAACAACUUGUAGAGAUGAAUAAAAUGAGUCUGUUAGAUGAAAAAGAUUAUGGUGAAUACAAGAGUAUGACAGGGGAAUGGAGUCCAGCUGAAGAGAACAGUGAAAACAAACCUCCUCUUAAUAAUAACAUAUUGGGUCAUGUGCUUCGUAGACUGAUGGAGUUGUUCUAUCCUCCACAACCCAAACCUUCACCACGUGUACUUACUUCAUUUCCUGUCAAGGGAUGUAUUUUGGGAAAAAUUUUUAGUGGAAAAACUACCUGUGCGAAGUUUAUUGAAAAAGUUUGCAAUAUUCGGGUACUAUCUGUCGAUACUCUGGUUUGGGAGGCCAUCGAGUCUUUUCUUAAAAAUGAAAUGAAAAGUGAACAUGGUAUGAUUCCACAUGAAAAGAGUUCUGGGGAACAAAAUAAGAACAGUCAAGAGGGCCUAUCCAAGCUGUCUGUACGUGCCCAGCUUGGCGCCGCAUCGCAGAAAUGGUUGAAGAAAGGAAAAAGUAUUCCCGAUGAACUACUAAUUGACCUCUUGUUGGAAGCCAUUAAUCAAAUACCACCAGAGAAGGGGUGGAUUGUGGAAGGGUUUCCAAUGACGAUUAAUCAGGCAAAACUAUUUGACAAAGCCUAUACAGGGAAUGAUCCAGAGGAAAAAGAUGCAAUUCCUGGAAGGCUCUCACUUGCUAUCGAUCCCAGAGCCCCUAAUGAGCCUCCUGUUACCUCACCUGCAUUUGAUGUUUCUGUAUUAUUGGAUAUUUCAGACACUGUGGUACUGAAACGUGCAGCUAACAUGAAGUUAGAUAAAUCAAAGUCAUCUCAAACUGAACAGGAGAACAGUGAUCAAAAUUCAGAUCCUGAAAUCCUAGAAGAGAGGAUUGACUUGGACAAGGACCAGGUCCUACACAGAAUUUCAGGCUUUCUAGACACAUGGCCAAAAUUGGAGAAAUGGUUUUCAGUCCAUCAAAAUAUUCUAGUGAGUGUAAAUGCAGAGACAGAAGAAAGUCAUGUGUGUGAAACAGUGAAGGAAAUUAUAAUAGAAGAAAUUGCGAAAAACCAGAAUAGAAGGUCUACUCAAGAAAUAGCACCAGCAGAAGAAAAGCCUUUACCAGAUACAGAAGAAAAGCCUUUACCAGAUACAGAAGAAAAGCCUUUACCAGAUACAGAUGUAAAGCCUUUACCAGAUACAGAAGAAAAGCCUUUACCAGAUACAGAAGAAAAGCCUUUACCAGAUACAGAAGAAAAGCCUUUACCGGUUACAGAAGAAAAGCCUUUACCAGUUACAGAUGAUCUGCUUCCUCCCUCUCCUGAGACACCACCACCACCAAUAGAACCAGGAUCAGAUGAAUGGAUUUAUGUAGAUGAACCGCUUCCCCAGGAGAUAAUUGGUUUUUUAGUACCUUACUGGGAAAUGAUAGAAAAUGCGUAUAUAAAUACCAUCAAAACUGUACUUAGAUGCCUAAGGGAUGAGCAGUAUGCGAUGAUUCAUUACAUGGCAGAUAUUAGAGAAAAUUUCCAAGAUUAUUUGAAACGUCCAAAUCUUAAGCAGGAGUUUGUAUCUCAGUGGCAAGCAGAUUUUAAUUCGAUUUCUGAUGACUUGCGAGAUGAUGAGGAAACAAAAGCUGAACUACACCAAAGAGUUACUGACCUAAGAGAUCUUCUCUGGGAUAUCUGUGACAGCAGAAGGGAAGAAGCAGAGCAGGAACGUGUUGAUAUCAUGAAUAAAGGCUGGCUGCCAGAUCACAGGGGAAUUGCAAUGAACCAUUUCUUUUCACUUAUGCAGGUUGAAAUGGAUCGUUUCCAAGAUACAAAGAGAAUUCUUCAUGACUACUAUAGGUCAAUGGAAGGAAAAAUCCCAACAGAAGACAGUAAAGAUUUUACUAGAAUCCCACUGUUAGAUAUUUUUGAUGUAAAGCAGAAGGAAGAUGUAGAUAAGGAAGAGAUAGAUAAGGAAGAUGUAGAUAAGGAAGAUGUAGAGCAGAAGGAAGCUGUAGAGCAGAAGAAAGAUGAAGACAAAUCAAAAAGGAUUCCUCUGGUUUCUUGGAAACUGUUUUCACCAGAAAUUAAUGCUGGGACAGAAAACAAGGGAACUCUGCAGGCAAGUCCUAACGUUGAGAAUUCUGAAAAUGGACUGGCUACUUGCAGGAAUGAUGAAAGGCUUAUUAUUUAUACAUGGCAAAAAGCAGUAACAGCAGUAUCAAAUAUGGUAACAGCUGAAAUAGAGUUUAGAGAAAUGGAGGAAGAAGAACAUCAGCAGCAAAAACUAAAAGAAGAUCCGAAACGCUCAGGCAAAGCUGCUGGGAAAGAUGUCAGAAAGCCUUCUACCAAAUCACUUACUAAGAAGAAAGGAUCGCGGAAGAAAGUCAGUGUAGUUCCUUUAGACCCAGAAGAGUUAAAGAAACAAGAACUGGCACUUAAAAUAAAACAAGAACAUCUGAGUGCCUUGAAACAUGAGGAGGCAGCCACAAAAUCUCGACUAGAACUUAUAAAAGAAAAAGCUUUAGCAUUUCUUGAAGACCUAAAAAUGAAAGUGGAAGAGGCUUACAGAGAUAUGGAAAAGUGGCUUGGAUCCACCUUCCUGGCAGAAAUGGCCAGUGUUGAAAAGCUGGUUGAGGUUGCACGAUAUCAUGUUGAGAGUUCUAGCAAAAUCCAAUAUGAAAUGACUUUAGAAGAAACAGAUUUCUUCAUCAAUGGCGAUGUAAAAAUGUUUCCUGACCCUGUUCCUGACCCUGCUCCUGCACCACAAGUUCCACGCAUAAAAACCUCUAGAAGUACUCUAACUAUUUCACAACUCACUAAUCUUCAUAAGCAGUUUCUACAGGUGGCACCUAAAGGAAUUUAAAGUUUUAAAGAACUGCCGGUUCACCACAGACAACUUUGUACUGUCCUGCACACUUGGUUCUCCAUGGAAGCACAUUACUCUCCAUUAUAAGCAGCGAUGGACAAAAAAAAAACCAGCUUAUGCUGGACCUUCCUACCUACUGACAGUCUUUCAUUUGAUAAGGAAAUGCUUAUUUUUUUUUUUACUAUUCCACAUACCAUUACCCAAACUCAACAUGACUCUCCAAUAAUUGAUGAUUUCACUAACUCUUUUGAUCAAGUUGUUGACAGUGCUCUAAUAUGUUACCUCAGGAAUGCUUUUUUAUAGGAAAAGCUGUGGCAUGUAGAGCUACUAACUCUUACUUUUUUUAUUUUCUCUUCUAUGGUCUCUUUGGAUGUGUGCUCUUCUUAUCAACAAAAUUAAACUAACCAUCUAUAAAAUCUCAUCCCCUUUGCUUCCCUUCAGCACUAUGUUCUUCGUAUGACCACAUCUCUUGUCAUUACAAUUAGCAUACAUAUGGAAUGUCUUAGUUCUCUUCUAAAGAUGCUUCAGAAAAUGCAAUUUGGGUAUGGCUUUGCAUUACUAAGCAGAUCAAAUUGGAUUCUGUCCCAGACUAUGUUCUCCAGCUUAUGACUGAAUCACACAAGGGAAUUUUAAAUUUUAUUUUUUUUUCAUAGUCAUGAUCUUUGUGAACCAUUCCAAUUUAAUUAUAGAAACCAUUAUUCGUCAGAAAUAAACUUCAGUCAGGUUUAAAAUAUUUCUAUAUCAAAUAACAAAAAAAAGUUUAAAAUAUUUAUGAAAUUAUUAAGUAGUCUGCUAAGAUAUGAACAUAAAGGACAGCCUAUAACCAAAUUGUAUUGCUAUUUCUUUUCAAGUUGUAGGCUUGUCAAUUGAAUUUUACUGUGUUGCUAGAUUUGGAACAAAUAGAUAUAUUAAAGUGUUCGUGUAGUUCAGCUGAAUUGUUACCUUUUUAAUAGAAUAUUUUUUUGAAUCAGAAUUUUAUUCUGACCCUGGAUAAUGUCUAUAGAUUAUGCUCUCUCUUCCCAAGCACUCUAGAAGCAAUUCAGGAUCUUACAUUAGUAAUCAUCAUGACCUGACUGAUGUAUGUAGGGAUUGAAGUUCAUACAUGAGUAUAGAAAUAGGUUCAUCAUCUCUAACUUACAUUUUUUCGAGACUAUUUAUUUUCAAUGUGCUUUUUAAAACUUGAAAAUAAGAAAGGUUAAGUUUGUAGACAGAGGACAUAUCUUUUACUAGAUGAAAACUUGGUAAUUCUACUGAAAGUUCCAUUUAAACCUGCUGUUAUAUCUCUUACUAAAUCAUGUAUGUUACUUAAUUUCAGAAAUUUGCGACUAUUAGCCUAUGGUGUUUAUAAAUCUCUGUAUCUAAUUACUUGUAGGAACAUAUUUGACAUGGUUGUAUAUGUUUCUGUGCAUUUGAAUAUAUAUAUAUAUCUCUCCAAUUUUAAGAUUUCAGUCAGCACAACAGAGGACCUCACCCCUCAUUGCAUCUGCGCAGCACCAGAAAUACCUUACUCUUUAUGAUUCUAAAUUUAAAAUCCCAAUUCUUGCUAUUUAGGAUUGGAGAUAUAGCAGAAUCAGUAAUAAUUAGUAAAUAGAUGAUGUAAAUAUUUACAGUGAAAUUUGCCUGGAGGGAGUGAUGAGUCUCUCAAUAACUUGGAUGGAAAGAAUCAUAUAUUUGAAAUGCCUGUCUUUUUCAUCUAAGUAUGGAAGUACCCCAUAUUAUUGCCUUUUAGCCUACUAAAGUUAGAUGAAUAUAAUUCAUCCUCAAGGUUUAUUUCACUCAUGCUACAGAGUCUGGUACAUAAUUUGCAUGGAUCAUCAUCUAAACCUCUUGGUAGUACUAUGGAAAUAUUUUUCUCCGUGAAAAUCUGUUCAAAUGUUCUGGUAAAAUUUUAUGAAAAAGGAAUAAUGUUAACAUAAUUCUCAUCUUUAGUAUAGGUUUGUUGCCUGUGUAAAUUUAUAAUUUGAAUCUUUAAUAGAGAUAUACUACUUUCUCAGUUUAGAGAAAUAUUUUAAUGCCUGUAUGAAAAUAUUUUGCUGAUUGGUGUGUUAUUAAAAAAAUCUCUUUUUUAUAUCUGUGCAGGGUGAUUGCUCUUUGGUUAAAUGUCCCAGUCCUGGUUCACACGGUACAAAUCCAGUGUAUACUUGCACUACUAUCAUUCUUAAUGCUCCUUUUUGGAUGUUUAAUUUUUCUGUUUUCAAUUUCAUUUGCGGUCAUAGUCUUAAUUUCUUCACUAAUUACUUUUUGCAUUUGUUUAUGGUGUUUCUGCACUGCUUUUUGAAACAUGUAAAGGCUUUCUAAUGUCACCUUGUGUAUCAGGGAAUGAUACUACCUUUUAAAAGGUUUUUAAUGAAAAACAACUUUAUCUUGUGUAGCUUUUCCUACUUUUUGAUUUCAUUGAUGACAAACUUUAUGUGAAAAAGAGGCUGCUUCAUAAGUAGUACAGGCUGGCUUCCUUUUGUAUCCUGUGUUCUUUCCAAAGUACUACUGCAACAGAUCCCACCUUUUCCUAUGUUCCCAGUUUCUACAUGGAAACUGAAAAAUGUUGGUAACAUUGAAGGUCCGUCAUACAGAGAAUAUUAUCCCUGGCAGUGGAUCACAGGUCUAUUCUGACCCUUAUUUUCUAAGCACCAGGAAAUUUCUACAGGUGCCCACAGCCCUCAAGAAGCAGUAUGCACUAUAAAUAUGUUACAAUGAUUUUGUCCCUUCCACCCUUUGACUUCUGAAGUUGCAGAUCCAUUAAUCCAUCUCUCCAACUCUUUUUCACCUAGUCUUGUGAGUUUGUGGCUUCCUAAUGUUAGGGAAGAUUUUAAAUCUUUACUGUAUGUUAAGAAUACUUCUGCCCAUCUUUUGGGUCCUGGGUACGGUACCUGUGCACGUAGGAAAAACCUUCUGUGGUCUAGUUGGUUUUGCUGUCCAUGUGGAGCACAGCUGCUACCUCAGUUUUAAAGUUCUUUGAAAGGAUCACUCAAAUGUACUUAAACUGCAUGUUCCUAACUUUUUUUAAUAUUUUGGCCUUUCAGGAUGCUUAGAAUAGAAUGGAACAAUCAAACUGUCAUUUUUUACGACAAUGGGAACAGAGAGUUCUCACAAAUUGUAUAAUAUAUAUUAAAAUUUGCUCCUUCCUGUAAAAUAGAAAAGAGUGGCAUACAAAAACUUGUUUUCUUCAGACCUUUUAAGGCACCAGGAAUGGCAUUUCCUUCUAUGAUUAGCUUAAUGUAAUCACAAAUUUUGCCUCUUGACGUACACAUCACAAUAAGGAGGGCGGGGAGUCAGACUGGGUUUAGGUCAUUUGCUCAGGACUUUGCUUUUGCUAUUUUGCAGUGAAUAAAUAGAUUUCUAGUUGCCUUGCCUCCAUUCUGCGUGUAAUUUCUCAUCUUUGUCUGGUUGCUUUCUUUUAAAGUCCUAACUUUCUGGCAACAAUGUACUAGAAGAAUCAUUAAAUUACUGGCCAAAAGUAGGAGAUUCAUAAGCUCUAGAGAUAAAAUUUUCAAAAAUUGCAGCUUAUGGUGUUUUCUCCUACGAAAUACAGGAAAGACCAUCUUCAGAACAAUUUGGGAAAUGUUAAGAACAAUGUCAAUGUUUUAAGACUGUUUUAAUUUGGAGAACAAAAUGAGAAACUUAUGCAGUUGCUUGUUCUGAAAGCAGUAAUAAAAUCAUUCUGUGUAUAAAUACAUCUUAAGAAAAUCAUGUCAGCUACAUGUGCCUUAGAGCAUCUUACGCUUUUUUGUCAGGUUUUUGAUUAUGUAUUUACAGACUUGCUCCAACUUAACUUUUCUGCUAAUGUCAGGUAUGAUAGGCAUUGUAAUGUUUGUGACUUCAGUAGUAUCUUCUGGAGACAUUUUUCCUUGAAGACCCUUCUUAAUUCCUCUUCCUAACUCUGCUUUUCUUUGUUUCCAAAAUAGUGUUGAUGCUGCUGCCCUUCACUGAUUGCGUGUUCUGACAAACCCCUGAUAGUCAAAAGGAAAUGGAAGUCAAAACUGACCAUUUCUUACAAGAAUCCUGGGUAGUCUCCAGAUGUUUUCCUUGUUCUCCUUCAUGGCUGUUUAUUUCAAGUCACAGUCUAGUCCCAAAGAUUAAUAUGGACAAAAAAAAGAAAAUAUGCAAUUGAUAUUUUAUGGAAUAAUAACUAUUAUAUAUUUAGUUGUUUCUUUUUAAAUUAUAGCCAUAAGAGCACUGAAGCAAUUUAAAAGCAAGAGUAAUUCUUCUAGCAAGAGAGAAGCUGGUGACGAAGGGAAAGAGAAGAAAGAUUUGGAACAUCAGAAAAGAAAGACGAAUCGUCAAUUUCCAAAAAUAUGGCUAACAAAAUACUCCUGGUUAAAAUAUGAUGAUGAAAGGGGAAUAAUGUUUUGUGUACCAUGUCGUAAACAUAACGUGGAUUUGGGGGAAAACAUUCAUAAUUUUUGUUCUGGCACUGAUGAUUUCAAGCUUGAAUUUAUAAACACACACCAGAGUAGUGAAGCUCAUGCCUGGGCUACCUGCAUGGAAGCUGCCAGUACUGCUUCACCAGACACAGCUUCUACUGAGCAGAUGUUGAAGAGCAUGAACUCCUUAACAUUAGGGAGAGUAGAAAAUAUUUUUAGAACAUACCAUGCUAUGGCUAAAUCUGGUUCUCCCCUUGUAGAUCUUGAUUAAAUUUACAAACCAAAGAAGCUUUAACAUGACCCUUCACAGUUUUUCUCAGACUUAUCCUUCUGAAGACUUCUCUACAGAGACAGAACAGAUCCAUUGCUGAUUAUUAAUUGCACAAAUCAGUCUUCCCAUAACAAGUACUCUUACAGCCAGGAUAUGACCAAUAUACUUCACAGUUUGAACCACUUUUCUUUCCCCUCUGUAAAAAUAUUUUUGAAAGUUGUAAUAAGAAUGCUUUAUCUUGGUUUUUUAUCUAGGAGCUGAGAAUAAGUAUAGUUCAGAGAAGUAUCUGAUUUCAUAUUUUCAUAAUUCUACAUAUUCAAAAUGCAUCUUUCUACUUGAUAAUUUCCAAUCAAGAUAAAACAUACCAGCAGAAUAUAUUUUUACCAUCAAAGAAAAAGCAAUGAUUUGUAUCAAAAGAUAGCUAAAAUUAAAUCAUUAAGGACCCCUCUUACUUCUUCUAACAGUAAUGAAGAUGUACUAGAGAUAAUUUGGGAGAAAUGAAUGUGAGAUCAUUCACCUUUAAAUCAACCCAUUUUCUGAAUCAAGAUCAACUCUUUACUUUCGCUAUAAAAUGUGUGUAAUAAUAGCAGAAACUGCACAAUACCGUUCCAUACCAUACUAUAUCAUGUAACUCUACCCUAUAUACACACACAUACACACACAUAUAUAUAUAUUUUUAGAGUUUUGCAUAUAUCUAGGUCUAAAUAGUAUGUCAGAAAUGGAGUAAGUUUUGAAUGAGUGCCUCCUGAAGGGAUUUUAGUCCAUUCAAGAAGAGUUAAUCUGUAGGGAUCAGAAAAAGGAUCAGUACUGUGAACUAUACAGGGGAUUAUAGAAGAUCCAUCAUUGAAAUAUGUUAAUCUGUGAUUUCUCAGACCAAAAAAAAAAAAAAAAAAAAAGAAGUUUAGAUAUAUUUUACCUAAGAAGCAACAGGAUAUAUAUUGUACAGGGUACCUUAUUAGAUAUGUGGCAUUGCUGAUGUUAAGGGUUUUCUCUUAAAUCAGAUAAUGCCAAGAGGAUUUUUUCCCCUCUUAAAUUUUCAAAUGGGAAAUUUUUAACUAUGUUGAGAUUAGAAAAAUGUGUUGAAAAUGUGUUCCCAGAAUGUCCAACAGCUGAAGACAAAAAAAAGAAAUAAAAUCUGAAAGUAUAUUUAGAAUCUAUAACACUGAAGUCACUUCCAUGGUGCAGGGGGGCAUGUUUUCUCAUAAUCUUCCUUUCAUCCAUGAAACUAGGAGAAUUCCUUCAACCUUGCCUCUUGGGACAUAUUUUCUAAGCCUGUGAUGAUUCUUGCUACUUUCUUCUGGGCAGUCUUUAGUUUAUGUACAUCCUUGUAGAUCUGCAAAUUCCAAAAUUGUAUGCUAGCAGAAGCUUUAACAACUGGGAGAAAAAAAAAAAAGGGUUAUUUCCAAUGUCUUUAUGUGUACUUUCUGGUAAUAUUGUGAUCUGCUGUAGUCCCUAGAUACUUUUGUAUACAAAUUUUACUUUGUCAGUAAGAUUGCCAUUGUGCCGUUUAUGCAGUUCAUUGUUUCAGCCCAGUGGGACACUUGACAUUAAUCCUUAUUGGAUAGUGUCCUUUUAUUCUAGACUGUAUCUCCAACAUGUAAAGCUCACUUUGAAUUCUAAUCCUAUUAUUCUCCAGUAUGCUUAAAAUUCCUUCCUGAAUUGUUUUAUCUGUAGUGUAAUAAAUGCAUCAGUUUGUCAGUCUGUUUCCUCAAAGUACUUUGAUCUGUUUCUGGUGAAAUUUACUUACUGAUCUUCAUCAUCUCUUGAGUUUUUCAAAAUCUUCAUGAAUACUGAUUCUUUUUCCACAGUGCUUGCUACCUCUUCUAAUUAAAAAUGUUUCUGGACAUUUAAUGAUUUCAUUUUCUAUUCAUUCUCCUACAUUAUUCAACUAAAACUUACUGGGUUUGGUUUCUUUUAUUUUGGGCUUAGCAAAAAAAUUUUAUAAAGAGCAUACCUGUUUUGAAACGAGUCCUGUUACGUGGACAAAGGCAAUUCUGGGAAUUGUUUUCCUUGUUCUUUCCUAGAAGACAUUAUUUACUUUUACCACUUGCAGAGUGCCAUUUGCAGACACCGGUAUUCUUUUCUCGGUACCAUCUGUGUAGCUGCCCACUCUCAGGCAUCUCUCCGUGAUUAUAAAGCAUUAGCAGCUCUUGAACUAAAAUGGUGAAUCACCUUUCGUCUCAGAUUAUAAUCAGAUAUUCAAAAAUGAUUCCGUGCUCUGUAAUAUAUACCCAAAUACAUUAAAUCGAGACAAAAUACCUGAAAACACAGUGAGGAAAGUAUUUCUUAUCUUUUUUUACAUGUUUAUGAGGGAUUUCCUCUGUCUCUCUGAGACUUCCUCAUCAUUCCUCCUACAUAUGUCAGUAGGAGGAAUUAAAUCACAGUCCAUUUGAAAUUUUUGAACUGUUAUAACUUUGGAAAUAUCCCACAUCAGAUGUUUCAGGAGGAGGUAAUAAAGUAAAAGAAAUUGCCCUACAGCACAUCAGCAAUUCUAUAAUUAAUAGAUGGAAAAUGGUUUAGCUCUGAUUGAAAGAGGAUGUGUUUCUUCACAUUUACCACACAGGAAGAAAAGUGGGUAGAUACUGCAGAUCACUUGGCAGAGCUUAAAUAUCUCACAGUAAUUCAUGUUUGCCAUAAUAUUUACCUGAAAACUGCAUUCUAGCAUUUUCUAUAAUCCAAUCUAAGUUCUAUGAUUUAGAUUUGCAAUCCUAUUUCGGACAUUAGUUUUGAUACAAGUUCUUAAAAUUCCUUGUCUCUCAAAUACUUUUUAUGUAUGUUUCUAAAGUCAUGUAGCCUCAUAAAAAAAUUAGAUGAGGAUCUUAGUAUCCUUUUACAAUUUUAUGCGGAAAAACAAAAUUAAAUUUCAUUUCAGGAAACCAUAGGCUCAUAGGAAAUACAGGAGCUACAUUCUUUAUUGGCAUAGAGGGAAAUCAUAUUAGGAGUUGAACUAUUGUGAGAAAAGUUAGAUUGCCAGUAAUCAGAUGUGGAGAGGCAAAUUUCAGCAAAAAAUGCAAUAAAAAUUAUCAUAACUGCUCUCUUCAUGGUAAAGCACUAAGAAGAAAUGAGACUGAAAGAAGAUGUAAAACUUUUUCCUGUUGUUUUUUACAUGAAGUGUACACUGACUCCUUCAUGGACCAUAGACUAUUCUCCCCAUGAACCACUAAAAUGUUAUGUGGUUUAUUGAAUUACUUAUGAAGUCACCCAGUAAUGAUGCUUUUGUUAUGCAGGCUUUAUUGUGCCAUAUGGAAAUUAUCUGAUUCUUGUAGCAUAAAGUUUUCAUCAGAAAACAAAUUUCUGGUUACCUUAAAUUAUUACAUCAGCAAUCCAGAGUGCUUCAGUAAACAGCAAAGGGUUUAUCACAUGGUUUUUUAGAAGAUAUUCUUUCUCAAUGUUGAUAACUCAAAAACUUUCACAAGGUGACAUCAGAGCACUGUUACCAGUCUGCCAGUAUUUUUUCCACAGCCUUUGCUUUCAUGCUGAAAUUGUGGUAGGAUAUAUGGCUUCAAGUCCUUCCUUCUUUCUCUCCCAACAGAAUUUAAGCUUCCCAAAUCUGUUUUUUACCUCUUCUCUCCAAGCUUAUAUAUGUAUAGGAUUCCUCUGCUGUACUAAGAUGUGCUGAAGGCAUUAAUCCUGUGUUUUCUGAUUGGACAUAAAUGGAGACUGUAGACUAUCAAUUCAAAUUGGCUACUGGAUUUUGAAUACUGACAUUAUGAAAUUAAUAUUCAAACAUUCUUAAUUUUUCUACCACUUACAUCUUUUUUCAUAAAGUUACAUUUCACUCCAGACAUUUUUGCUUCCAACAAAAAUGUCUCUUAGCCAUAAAAUGUGCACAGCUGUGCUUUUUCAAAAGGACAAGACUUUCGACUGGAAAAA